CUCAUUUUCAUUUUGUUUUCCGACAGCAGUUCAUUUGCUGGUUUUCGUUUGCUUUUAUCAGGCUACAGCACUCCUCCUAUCUGGUUCUGUCUUACAUGAUUCAACUCCUCUGUUUCCGGUGUGCUCUCUUUCUUCUCACUGGAACCAAAUGGCAGGCCUUCACUGUACUGGCUUUGUAGCCUACGCUCCUCCUCCUCCUCCUGUUCAAAUACCAUAACCCAUCUCCACAUCGCAAUCUUCCACCAUCUCCCAACUCAAUCAAUCAACUCUCUAUUUUAAAAAAAAAACCGUUCCGUUUUUCCUGCUCCAACUCUCCACUUCCGAUCUCUCUCCUUCAAUCCCCUCCUUCUCUCCAUUUUCCUCCGUCAGUUUUUCCUUUUUAGAUAUUAAGAGUAAUUGUGUUAUUCUGGAGGAGUAGUGGAAUGGGCGGAAAAGGAAGCACUGCGUUUGUUUUAGAAAUGCAAUGUAGGAGUUGUAGUUUCAUUCUUUAUUCUUUUUUGGAGUUGUUUAAUUAAUAGCCUGUUCAUGAUGUUUUGUAGGAUAACAUAUCUAAAGGGUAAACUAAUUUUGUUUCUCUUACUGAAAAUCUUAUUCAAAGUGAUUUUUGCACCUUAUUUUAGCUACAAGUCUUUGAGCAAUUUUCCUAGAUAACCCAUGUUUUGAGGCCAAUUGCUAGUUAUCAACACUUGGAAUUUGCACUGCUUAUCAGCUGUUUUUAUUUCAUUUUGAUGGUUAUAGUACUCAUGAAAUUAGCUGCUCAGAAGUCAAAACGAGUAGUUAGACUCAAGUUUUGAUUGAACUAUGUUGGCUACUAUCAAGAUAAAGGUUGAUUUUCUCCCAUUCUUCUAUACCCUUUUCUCCCUCUAUAUUUCAUCAGUUUUAUUAACCCAUUUUCUUUUGAAUGUGACCAGAUGAUUAUAGUUUUUUUUUUUUUUCUCAGCAAUUCUAUUGCAUACAUGAUUAUAGAGUGAUGUAGGCACCCAGUUGCACUUGUCACUGGGAUUGCUCAUAACCACCACAAACACCCCAAUACAAACGUCUACAGAUCCAGCUUUUUUGACAAGUGAUCUUCUGCAGUAUAAUGAUAAGCAUGCAGGUAUGGAAACAUGCGAGAUAAUGUCAUUAGUCUCUAGUGGAGAUGUGGUCAAGACAGCUUCUCGUGCUCGAAAGAGUGCCGCAGGGUUACAAUGUACAAUUUCCUUACAAUUAAGGAUGCAGCUGAUGUUUCUAUUGACAUUAUGCUGUCUGGUAUACAGCAAAUGCAAUUCAUUUUUCUGGGGACUUCAAAAUCAACAAGAACACCCUAAAGCUAAAAAAGAAAGUUGGAGGGUAGAGUCACUUGGACUUGUUGUGUUCCUGUUGUUUCCCAUACUAUUUAUACGGAAGGAGGCUCUAUGGGUUUGCUUAGCAAUGAAACCCAAUAAGAGGCAAAUGAUUUCGUUCCCGUUUGGCACUGCAGCUGCUAGUGAGAAAUGAAUCGGGACUAGUACAAAAUCACCAGGAAGCGUCUCGUGUGCACGCAUUAUCUGACAUCACCUACAGUUUCAAAUACCGUACGCUAAGAUAUGGAUUCGAAGAUGAAUGAUUGUGGAAAAUGAUGCAAGUGAAGAUAAGGACGUUGAGGCUUGUGCUAAAGGAUAAAAUGAAAGUCGCCCGCCAGCACUUCAAAGUUCCAACUGAUUGAUAAAUCUCCAUAGAAUAUGGAGACAUGGCAGCAAUGGUCGUAAAAGGACAAUAUAAGAGUAGGACAAACUACAACUCAAUAUUCGAAUGUAAAGCUUCAUAAAGUUCUUUGUAUUUCCCUCGUCAAGAUAAGAUAUUCAAGAUUGUUUGUGAUGAUCCACAGAUGAUUCCUGGAUUUGGAUCCUUCCUCUUCUCACCCCCAAUUGGCUGCAAUUGAGUCGAGAUAGGAUUAGAACCUACGGCUUCUCAAACCCUAUCUGGUCAACACUGCACACUGGUCCACAAUAUCCCUCGUUUUUCUGGUCAGCUUCUUCAACCAGCAGCUUAAUACAACGUCCAAGCCAAGGGGCACGCGCAGUCAAAAUCUAUCCAUAAUAUACAGUUAGGAGGUAUGCUUGAGAACUGAAACUCACAUGGCGGCGGACUCUAAGGAUUCCUGACUAACAUUCUUUUAUAGUUCACCUUGGAGUAUACCUAUAGUACUCUACUCAAAAUCGGUAGACUCGGGAACCAUUUGUCUGCUAAUUAGAAGUCUUCUCAUGCACUGGGCGACCGUUAAUUUGGUGAAGAAUUGUUUCUUGCUUUAACAAAUAUGUAAAUGUAUUUGUCGUUUUGGGAAAAGAAACAUGGCAAUAACAACGACGGCAUACACUUGUCCAUUACAAAUUUGGGGAAUCAGGCAUUGACAGAGAUUGUUUUUAUUCGUUGUCUUGUUUA